GGGAGAACGCGCACGCGGGAACGAUGGCGGCGGCGGCGCGCGUGUUCGGGGAUCUGCGCGACAAACUCCGUCACAAACAGCAACAACAACAGCAGCAGCAGCAACAACAGCAGCACAGGAGCGAGCGCGACGAGAGGGACGAGCAGCACGAGCAGCAGCAGCAGCGUAACAAACAGCACGAGACAGCCGCCACAGAGCUGUGCGAACGCGGCCUCGAGCACGACGAGAUGGAGGCUCCUCCUGCUGCUCCUCCUGCUCCUGCUGCUGCUGCGGCUGCUGCGGCGGCGGCGGCUGCGGUGACAGCGGCGGCCCGGGCUCGAGAGGCACCGCGCGGUGCGGACAAGCAACAGCGUCAGGAGGACGAGGUGAAGAUGGAGAAAGAGGCGAUCGAGCGUGACGCGGAGGAGGAGUGCAAGGCUGUGGAUGUGGCGAUGGACGAGGAGGACGGCGAGGACGAGGUGGCGAGGCUCGUGCGCACGGGCGUGCGCCAGGUGAGCGCCUUCUCCGCCGCCGAGGUGGCGCGCAUCGAGGGCUGCAUCGACGAGGUGGUGCGGCGCGGCGAGGCGGGCGCGCUCCGCGCCGGCACCGUUGACCGCGCUCCGCUUCGCGUCAAGUACUUCUUCGGCGAGGGUUACUCGUACGGCGCGCAGCUCGAACGCCGCGGUCCCGGUCAGGAGCGGCUGCUGCCUCGCGGCUCCGUGGACGAGAUCCCUCGCUGGGUGCGCGACCUCGUGAUCGCGCCCCUUGAGCGGCGCGGCGUGGUGCCCACGGGCUUCGUCAACUCGGCCGUCAUCAACGACUACCUGCCCGGCGGGUGCAUCGUGUCGCACGUGGACCCCAUACAUAUCUUCGAGCGGCCCAUCGUGUCGGUGUCCUUCUUCAGCGACUCGGCGCUCUGCUUCGGCUGCAAGUUUCGCUUCAAGCCGAUCCGCGUGUCCAAGCCCGUGCUGUCCGUGCCCGUGGCCCGCGGCUGCAUCACCGUGCUCAGUGGGUAUGCUGCGGAUGAAAUCACGCACUGCAUACGUCCUCAAGACAUCAAGCAGAGGAGAGCUGUCAUUAUCUUGCGCAAAACUAGGGAUGAUGCGCCACGGAUGGACUCCCUGGCCAACCAUCCCGCACACCCACUGCCAGCCCACCAACCCCACACACGCCACCCCCAUCACCAGGCUGAGCCCCGCAAGCGCAAGACAUCGCGUCGGAAAGCGGCGCCACAUGAGGCACACUGGCCCCGCAUGCUCGAGAUGGACAAGGAGGAGAACCGCCGAGCGGCACAGCGCAAGAGUGGGCACCGAGCAGCUCCGGGCAGUCGCCCCAAAAGGGGCGACCCAUUCGCUCACUCAGGCAGCAGCUCGGAUGAGGGAAGCCCCGCGCAUGACGGCAAGAGGCGGCGCGUGUGAAGACAGAGGAGGCGCACGCAUAGCUCAUGGCUGGUGGGCCGUGCAGUGGCAUUGCAAGAAGGCCCUUUCGAGCCGAGGACGGGACAGGUUUGGCCUUUUUUGGCUUAAGCGUUGUGCCCAGGUAGGUGGGUGGUCACGGCUUCUCUACAGGAUAGGAAAUGGCAUGCCUGACCUUCGCCCCUCAUGGGCAGCAGUUGGUACUAAUACAUAAUAGAUUAUGCUCGUUUGAGCAACUACAGCACAGGGUCAGAGCAUGAGGGCUUUACCAAUGGCAUGUGGAGGGGAAAUGUUAUUGGAGCUUUUGAUACAAGUUUUGAGUGUUUUGUUGAUGAUAUUUGUAAAGGUUUGUUACUUUUCAGUAGCAUGAAUGUUAAGGCAUGUAAACUCUAAUACAUUUUUUUUUUUUUAAUCUUUUGAUAGGAUGCAGUGUUACAAGAAUGUUGUAAACCUUCCUUAUAAGGGAGUUAUCUAUAUUGACAAAGUUUAAAUUGUUUUUAUAUAAAAGCCAGUGUUAUAUUCGGUUUAAAAUCGGUUAUUUCGUGAGUAAGGUGGAAAGAGAAAUGUUCCUAACAACUCGAUACUGUACUGAUUUUUCCGUAUGUUUAUACAAAUGCAUUGUAUUAUUUCCAAAGUUAUAUGUCUUUGUUAGCCGAGGAUGUCAAUGUCAUGCACAAGCAGCUUGUGCAAGUCACUUCUAUUCCCCCUCUACCGCACGGCACAGCUGACUUGGCUUGCAUUGAUUACCUUGAGUGGUGUGGUCAAAACACCACUGUAGGUGCUCGGGAGACAGCCAUGUAUGGCACUGAUUUUUCCACUUCCUUUUGGCCAAUGGCAUUUUUAAUUGGUGCAGACUAGAAGCACCUGAUUCAACUAAUUUAAAAGUCUUUGUUAUCGUGACUUAUUAUAUUUGUACAAUCUUCAUAUCUCCUGAAACUGCAGGAUUCAUCGCUACACUUACCAAAGGUAGUGAUACGUAAUUCAAGGUUGUGCAAAUAAUAUUUACUUGUUUGCAUGACUUUUCAACUUCCAACAUGUUACAUAAUGCUCAGGGCCCUUGUAUGUGGUUGCUGUUUAACUGGGGACCUAGGAACUUUAAAAAAUCCCCCCUGUGCCUCCGAACAUGGGCAUUUCGGAAUAUUCAUGCUCCAACAGGCAACACAAUCGCCUAGACUGUUUCAUAUCUCUUCCCACUUGUGAAAUGGUGCAAAUUGAUAGAUACUUGGUGGGGUAGGGGGGGACAAAUAUACCCGAGUUAUAAUAAUUAUUUGUGUAUACCUCAUGCCAUAGGUCACAGCACCAGGCUUUAAGUGGGCGAAAAAUGAAGCACGUAUAACGAAGGACAUGCACAGGUCUUUUCUCAGUAAACUGCAGGAUGAGAUCAUGCCUUUUACAAAUUGGCUUAUGGGGGUUUUAUGAUCAUACAUCACCAUGCUGGUCGGUGUGAGUUGGUGAUGGCGGAGAGCAUGGACAUAGGAACAUAGAAUUACAGUACAACUUACUUUGCUGCACUGGCCUAUGCUGAACACCAUGUAGCACAGCCCCCCAGCUGCCUAUGAUAACCUAGCGUGCAUGGUGGUCGCUCAUCCAAGCACUAUCCAGGCUCAACGCUGAUUAGUUUGAGAUCUGAAUGACCCAACAAAUCACCAAAUCAGCCGAAUUCUGGAUAAUUUGGUCAGACAAAAUAAUUCACACUGCAUACAGCAUCAAGAAGAAUGCAACUAGCAUGAGAAUAUAUUUUUCUCUUAUCACAAGUUGAUUGCAUCCGCUGAAUUGAAUAUGCAUUUCAUUAACAACUGGCUCCCAGUGUAGGAUUUUCCCCCACGUGUGCAUGGCAACAUUUGUUUCGCCUAAUUUAAUGGCUGUUGGGCACUUUUAAUUACCUGUGCAAUAGACCAGGUUGGAUUAAAAAAAAUCGUUAAUGUUUGUAAUUUUUCAAUGUCGGCGCCUGCGUACGUAGGUGUGAGUAUUCUGAAUAGGUAGCUUCCUGCAGCGGUAGUCCCCUCCUACAGAGGACAAAACAAAAACACGGCCACUAAACCCAUAGAGUUGUGCUGUCACAUGGCCAGCAUCACGUUAUUUCUCUGCAAAAGGUGUUCAGCAGAGGGGAUCGUGCUGCCUAAUGUGAUUUUUUUGUUUCAACAUGUGUUUGGUAGAAUUCAGUGCACUAGAUCGUUUGGUUUGAACUUCCAUUUGUUAAUUAUAGAAGUUGCCCAAGCACAUGUUUUGAUGAAAAGUGAAAAAUAUAUUUUGCGGCAUGUGAAAAAUUAGGCCAUGCUGUGACAUUGUUUGCAAAAGAAGGCCACUGUGCUGGUGAAAGCAUAGAUUUCAAGAUUUUGAAAACUAGCUGUAAAUAGUUGUGGGAAAUAUUCACGUAACAAUGAAUACCAGGUCACAGGAGGUGAUGAUUUCCAGUAAGAAUUUACCUGGUUAAAAUGAAUGAUUGUUGUGUAGUGGAAGUUUGUUGACUGUUCUCUUUGACUUAAAAAAGUGGCCAAAUCCGUCGAACGUUACGAUUGACCCCAGUAUCUGUGCCAUGUCAAUGAAAGUUACACUGCACAUGUUGAAAACAUUGUAACCAAGCUUGUGCUCGUUUGUAAUGCUACACCAGGUCAUGGUCGUCCAGGAUUCAAUGAGAAACAAGCUUCCCUGAAAUAUUCAGGGCUUUUUGUUCUCGGUAUGAAUGUAUACAGAUAUUUGAAGAUGGGGGGAAAAGGUAUACACGGUGCUAAGUGAAAAGUGAACGAUGCUAUAAAUAUGUUGGGAUUACAAUCUCCAGGUGCGUGAUGCCGUAUUGGAUGCUAAGAACCGUCGCCUAUGACCUUCAUAUUUGAUUUAAGUAUUGUGCAUCCUCAGUGGGUGGCUGUUUGAGAUUUUUAUCAUCAAACUUGUUAUUGAUGUGAACGUUUCUGGGUAUCCCUUGGCGCAUUAGUUGGGGGUCGACACUUCUUGCCCAUUGUUUCUGAAAUGUUCUGUCAAGUUCCUACUCCAUGCUGACACUGACCUUCAUUUUCUCCUUCAUUGUCUCAAAGCAACGUUUUCUGAGUUCUCCCGAGCAUGGUCUUUAUCACAUACAUUCUAGAUAUUCUUAUGCCACCCUGGCUAUGACCAGGCUAUCAGCAGUGAUGUUUUUACUGUCUGAAUGACACUUGCACUCCCAUAUAAUGAAAUUCAGCUACUCUCACACACUAUCAGUAAAAUCCUACGGAACAAGUAGUGUGUCAAAAUUAUAUAGUAUACAAAUUCAUACUCGGAGACAGAAGACAGCAACAAUUAGUGCCUUAACCAUUUAACAAAUAUGCGAGUGUACAUAUCCCAUUCUUACCUCCAGUGAUUCAUCCACCACCUGACCACUCAUGUUGGGUCAAUGGUGAGUGAAGCUGAACUCCUGUUAUCUCUGCAAUUUUAAUCCAGAGAUUCUUAUGAAUGACAUCAAUGAAGAAGGCCAGAGAAAAUAAGUUAAGAACUAGUGCAACAAAUACAAUUCUAUACCAAGCUGGGCCCGAGCCAGACAACCACUUCAGGAGUAGCGGAGUUUAUUGCUGUGAUGCCUCCUUUGUAUUUUGUGAAUUGAGUCCAAUAGUCUGUGGUCUAUUCUGAAUUACCAGAGUUGCACAUUGAGGAAGGAAGAUGAUGGGAAAUGGGUGUCUUAUGAGUUGCAAAACUAGUUGGACGCAACACCGGGAAUUGUAUGUCUUGACUGCCACUGUGCUGAUGACCGCUUGGACUUGUAGGAUAUGAGUUUCCAUGGCUCCAAGUGGUGACUUGGAAGUUUCCAGGUUCAUUUGUGCAUACCUAUUUAUUACUGUGCUAUGGCACUUAUUGUUCUGUUUGUGUCCAUAUGUCUGAAUUUGUAUAUAUGGGUAAAAUGUUGGCAAAAUGUUAUCAUUUAAAUAGUUCUCCGGCUGAUGUCUGAAUAGACACUUUGUUCCAUGAGAGAAUGAAAGUCGUGGUUAUGUGUAGGAAAUAACACAUUUUGAGGUUAUUGCUAAAAGUUAAAAUCUAUUUAACCUGUUAAACCCCUGGCACUUCAUUAAAAAGUACACUUUCAACUGUUGGCCAAAUUAAAAUUAAUCUUGAAUGGGUUUCCAUCCCACCAAAUGUCCACACGUUGAGAGCAACUUUUGUCAGACCCCAUGGCAGAUCAAUACUUGACUGUUUUUUUUGGAAUCUCCUGACUCCAUCUGUGUUGGCGCCUGCGGCAUCCCCUUAGGGAUCCAAGUUACCAAAAUCCUUCUGUAAUCCUCAGCCGCCGACAAGCAAUAUAAUAAGUCUUUAUUUACAACGUCAUCGAGUCUGUGAGUUUACUAUGUCACAUACCUCUCUCAGUACCUCCAACAAACAUUCAUAUGUUCCCCCAUUGUAUUAUAAGGUAUCAUUAGUUCUACAGAUGUGGUAACCAUCUGUCUUGCACUUUAACUUAAAUUAAUACUAAUUUGGGGGGUUGUGGUCAGAAACAAAAAUACUGCCCUUUGUGUUUGGUUUUGAAGCAUUUCCAGUUUGGUGGUUAAGCCAAGUAUGCUGCAAACAGGUUUUGUUAGUCCCUUCAAGCACACGUUGUCCCUUUGUUAUGUAAACUAAUGUGCACUUUAUUACAAAGUAUAGGCUAAUAUAUGUGCAUAUUUUGUUUUAUAGCAGGAUAUAAUUGUUCAAUUAGUGUUGGUCCCAUUUUCAUCAAACUCCAGCCUAUGUCAUGUAAAUUUGAGUGCACUUGCAAAGAUUAGUUUACAACUCUCGUACAAUUUGCUUGCAGCAGCCAACCAAAUACGUGUAAACUCUUGUGUGAUAGAUAUAGGUGUGACGGUUUAGGACGUGUGGAAUUUUAAUUCCAAGUUUUCACAAGGAACAAGUGGAAAGUGACAAUUUAAAGUCGAACACAAAAUAAUUACAAAAUUUGUCAUAAAUUUCAGAUUGCUCAUGUUUAUAACCCAAAUAUGUAAUUUGGUACCAAGGCACACAGCGAUGUAGUGAAGUCAAUUAGGAAUCCCGAUUGCCAUCAGUGUCUCACAACACAUUUAAGAAUGAUCCCGAAAGCUACACUUUCACAACUCGAGACAACUUCCUUUUCUUUGUGCAUUUAGGUGGUUAAUUCGGUUUAUUUUUUUUAUCUUAUCACAAACUGUUUUUACUUAGGUUUUUUGUGUACAACCAUUACUUUUUCAGUCGCAUUAAUCCCCAUUUGAUAUUGAUUUGGACAACGUUUGGGAUAUCACUUUUGCCAACAUUGCUAUGUGAAGUUCCUCCCGUGUGAAAACAUGUACUGGUGUUCACGCUGAGAACAUCAAGCUCUUUUCUUUUCACGAGAAGUUUUUCCACUUUGAGUCGCCCAUCCUCAUACCUUAGAAGAAUUCAACAGUGUUUAGCAAAGUGCCUUGACACUGGCAUCGGUUCAACGUACUGACCCACCCAGCCAUGUUAACACAAGGCAUCAUUAUAAGUAUAGGGGUGUUAGGGUUUGAAAUGUUCAGCUGUUGCACAGUCAACAGAUGGCAUUUGUUUUUUGUUUCCUUAUGUAAUUGUCUGUAUAAACCAGCAGACUUGCUUUAUUAGCGUCAGAAUGUCGGUUUUACUUAAAUUUUACCAUUCAUUUCGUCUCCAUUACACCAACUUAGUCUCAUCAAUGAUGACCAAUAGUAGGCACGGGCCUGUGCAUGGUCCCGAAUGAUACUUCACAUAAAUACAUUUUUGGCCUAAUUCGACCAGAUGAUAGUCCAACACGAUAUUUUUUUACGAAUCAAGAUUAUAUUUUUAAAUUACAUUGUAACAGUGUUUGUUUUGAUAUAUGUUAAUGUUAAUAUGGUUUGAGGUUUAAGUUAUAAAUUGUCACGCAAUAUUUGUUUUGAACAAUACUCUACAAAAGAUUUCAGAUUGAGGCAACCACAUGACUCGACUGUCAAUUCAUACAAAUUGGCUCAGGGGAGUGAACUGACCACUUAGAUUUCCAAACUAGUUUUUUACAACACCCAGAGUUUAAUUUAGUUUCAUUGCAACAAUGUCUGUUUUCAUAUCUGUAUGUUAUCGUCACUGUGUAUUCUUUACACUGAACAAUUUAGGUCAACUGGCAAACAUUACAAUGUAUAAUUUAUCCCAUCUAUAUAAAUAAGAUUUAUGUCCUCAAUUUAUUUGUUGUUGCAUUUUACAUAGACUUAUCUUGUCCCUUGACAAUCACAAACUGUAUAUAAACAAAAGUUCUGCGUUUUGUUUGGCAACUAAUGCUUUCCAUUUAAAUCAAACUUUGAUUCUGAGAUUGCAAACUAGGCUGGAGACAUUUUCACGCAUAGGCUUUCACGACCAGAUAUAAUGCCAAAUUCAUAUUUUGAGUCUGAUCUCAUAACUAAAAUGUGUGCUGUAAAUCGUUCUCCACCCGACAAAGCCAAUUGAGAAAGUUGUCAGGUGAACAAAUGUUAAUUAUUACUGUUUCAGCACUACCGGGGUGUUUUAGAGCAAUCUCACAACAUUAAAAUGAAUACGACUUUUUGCUGAUACUUACCACCAGCAUCAUCAGGCAGCAAAAUUUCACACCCACUUAAAUGUUGUGAGAUUGCUCCUCCAACACAUUGGUGUGCUGAAGCAGUAAUAAGUUGGCGCUUUUGUUCACGUGAUAACUCUAUUAAUUGACCGUGUUGAGUGGAGGAGGGUUUACAACACAUUUUAUUCAUACCAUCUGACCCAAACAAUGUAUUAUGAAGCAAUGCUGGAGAGAGUAAUGCGUUUAUUUACAUGUCCAAAGGUGGCAAACCAGCAGCUUGGUUCAUGGCAGUGUUUCUAAGACGUUUAAUGGGAGGCUGUUUUUCACACUCAAAUUUAUGGAAAAUCUAGUAUUUAUUAUUUGUAACUAUUCAUGUACACUUGUAUUUGUUAAGCUGUUUCACAUUUUUAUAGUAUACAGAAAAAUACGAGCUGAAAUGUUUUAUGGACAUUUAUGUCGGUUCAGUUUAAAAGUUGUGCAGUCAUUCAUUUGUGUUUUGGUUUAUUGUUUUAAUAGAUUUCACAUUUAUUUAACGGUUUUCAACAUGAAUGUGAAAUACACAUAACAUGCAUACGUUUAAAUAUAUGUAUGUAAACAGCACCAACAUGGUGAAGAAGACUUAUACAAAAAUUGCUUGUUGAAAAUAAUAAAACUGUUUUUUUGUUACGACUGAAUGAAACUGGCUUUGCAUGCAGAUAUGAAAUACGUGGCCAGUUAUGUACCAUGUCAGACUACCGGUCAGGAGUUGGUUGUUGACUUUUUGCUGUUUACACUAGCUCUCGAUUUGUUUUGUUGGGAGGCAUAGCCAAACACCUUUUCAAUAAAUAUUUGUACAACAUUA